AACUAUAGUGUAAUUUUCAUUUCAACAUCCCUAAACGUCCUUCAAUCUGAUAGCACUGCUAUAAUCAAACAAGUGCAAUUUCUGCUUUGUGACACAACUAAACUAGACUGAUAGAUUAGCCACUUUAAUUUCGAAUUACUUAUAUGCCGUAUUUCCUGCAUAGCAUCCAUCACACACUGCCAGAGUAUUAAAGCUUUCCUCAUUACAAAAAUAACCCUAGCCUUUAGAAAUCAAAUUUCAGAGCUGCGAUGUAAUGAACCAGCAAACAAUUAUAGUAACAUGUUAUUAAGCAAACUCUUCAGAGAUCAGCCCAAGUGAAAACUUCCAUAAUAAAACCCAGAAAAGCUUCAACACUCCAGCAUGCACCAUGCCCCUGUGAGCGUGGCAAACACAUGCCAUGACCCCAAAACCACACUGAUUAUGAUGACAUCCCAGACAGUCAAAAUAAGAAACAGUCACCCACCAGAAUUAUAGAACCGCAUAGCGAUUAACCAGACAAAGAUAAUUGGAUUAUAAAACCAAAGUUGGGGUUGGUAUCCCAUCUAUCGUGGACCCUACUAAUUGAAUGGUUUGGAUCUACCUACAUGCAUUCCACCAUUUGCAAAAUUGCCAUGUCCUUUGCCAUUCAAGAAAAGUCAACACCAACAUUUAUUAGGCCUUCUCAGGACAAGCAAUUAUGUGUGAAAAGGCAGAGAACACCUUCCAGAUACUAGUUUAUAUUCAGACAUCAGAAUCUAACAACAGUCCUAGCAAGCCAAGCAACUUACCAUCAUGUGGUGUUUGUGGAAGAAAGGAAUUGGAGGAUGGCAAAUCUUCCUCCUGCAGGACACUUAAGAGAAGAGUCACCUGCUUAGUGGUGCAUUGGGCUUCAGUGGGAUCAGAAUUCAAAAGCAUUCUGCAAGCAGAGACUUUCCACGAGUAGAGAAGUGUGGUAGUUGGAGGGACUUUGGCCGUCUUGCUGCAGGAAGAGCAUCUCAAGGACAAGAAGAACACAACCAAGCAAAAGAACAAUAAAGAGAAUAGAUGGGGCUGCAUGGCUGCAGUAACACUGGCGAGCUCAAUGACGCGAAAUUCAGCGAGCCGUUGCCAUGGAUCGGCCUCUACAUAGCUGGAGCUUCACUGGUGUGCUCACUUGCCAUGGCAAUCGACACCUUUUAUGGGUUCCGUCAACGGAAGCCCUGGUUCCCUUGCAAGUUCUUCUCACUUAAUGCUACUUCCUUGACCCUCUUGUCCAUCGCCACAAAACUGCCCUUGGAUCUGAACACAUCCAUGCCACGCCGUCAAGAUCAGCUGACCAAGCUCAGCGGAACCAUCCUGAUUUGCACCGCAAUGGGCAACUUCAUGACCUCUCUAGGAACUAUGGAGGACUCCGAAAUGCUCUCAAACAUUGUCGCCUUGGCUAUUCUCGUGAUCACCAUGGUCGUUAACAUCGGUAUUCAAAUGGGUACUGGUGUGAUCUAUGCUUUCUUACCCGAGCAUGCCGUAAUCAUGUUUUUCAUCAUCGUUUUGCUCAUGAUCUUCGCUUUUUCCGGUUUAACAAUUCCAACAGCCAAGCAGUUGCUGGAACAACAGUAUGAUAAAAAGCAUGAACUGGCUUCUGAUGAAGGAGCAGACAACACUGAGGUGUUGAGAGUUGAUAAAUUGAAAGAGGCUGUAAACAAGUAUUGGAUGAUGGCCCAUACUUGUAGUCCUCAGUACGUUCUGGGACGCUCAGCCACUUGCACUGCCUCGGGAGCUUUCUGCCUCCUCAGUGCACUGAUUUUAUUGGAAGCUUUAGUCAGAUCGUUUAUUUUAUCAUCCUUGGACUUCUGCAGCGGGGAAUCCGACUACAGGUGGUCAAGUAACUUCAUCUUAAUUUCUCAGGUGAUCGCAGUAGGAGUUGGUACCAUUGCCCCAGCUAUUAGAUGGUUCAAUGCUAUUAGCUUCAGAAGUAUGAAGAGCGGAGAAGGAAGGUUCAGAGAUGUGAUUAAGGUAGAGGGGUACUGGGUUCAGAGGCUGGUAGAAUGGAAAGAGAGCCCUUUACCAUUCCGCAUUAGUAGCAGGCGAUGUAGGAAAAUCGCCCAUGUCUCAAAAAAUCAAAUUCUGGAUGCCUGUAUCGGAAUACAAACUGCGGUAGUACUAAUCUGCAAGUUCGUUUGCCUGGCUUCUAUACUGCCAAUGAGUUGGCUCAUUAGACUCUUCUCCUGCUGCCGCAAGCAGCAUUGGAGGAAUUCGGAAUCCAACAAAUCAGAGUCGCAAAGCCUGCAGGAUUUUGUAUUGCAUCUGGAAGGGGAGAACGACUUGGUCCAUCUGAUCAUGAAAAGCGGCCGCAAAGACACGGUGCAAUGGAUUGAGAGGGGCAGGAAGAAUGAACCUACUCAUCUGAUUGAACUUCUAAAGAAGCCACCUUCAUCAGGAGAUUUCAACGGCGUGGCUGAGUUUGAUAGCGACCAGGUUCCACCAAUUGGAGAGAAGCCUCCAAACUGUUGGGCUCUGCCUCUGGUUACACUCACAAGCAUUGCCAUCGCACUUCCCUACAUUGACAAAAAUAUAAUCAGAUCAUUACGGCAUGCCGUAGAUGAAGGCCUCAGGUAUGUAAGGCUUAUAGAAGAGAACCUGGAUGCCAAUGGGUUGAGUAGAAUGAGGGAGGCAGCGGAUAUAGUCUGGCUUGGCAUUGAUAUUUAUGAUCAAUGGCUUGACAAGGAUCUCCACAAAUUGGUCACUGAAGAAAAACAAGCAGAAAAGAUAAUCCGAAAACUUGCCGAUCUAGGAAAGGAAAGCAUUGAGACGUUCACAGAUGGAAGCGUCAGAGAGACAGGACACCGUGAAUGGCCUGCAAAGUUAUUGGCAGCCAAUUCGAUGUACAGGAUCGGUGAGACUAUUCUGCAGGACUACAAAGACAAGCUUGGGACUGUUGACAAGUUGUUCAAAUGGUUACAAACAACCAUUGCUGACAUAUUGGGCGCUUGCCUUACCAACCUGCCACGAGUGAUAUCCAUGGAAUGCUUUUGCAGCAGCAUUGAAGUGAGGGAAGAAAGAGUCAGGGAUGCAGCAUAUCUUCUCGGUGAAGCUGGAAGUAUUCUGGCAAUUUUAGGAGAGCACAAGUUCCCAGAUUUGGACCCCAAUAAGAUGGCAGAUAUUGAUGAAUGGCGUUUAAGCAAGCAGGGAAAACCUCCAAGUCUCCCUUCUUCUCCUGAUAAUGUCUAGUUUAACUUCAGGUGAAUUGCCUUCAUCCAUUGUGAAGGAAUUUGAAGCACGGACCUAGAGAAUGAAAGCAGAUCAUCAUUCAGUUCAUAGUUGGUACUAAGAUAAACUUAGUAAUAUAGUCCUCGUGUCGCUUUUUGUAUUACUAUAGUGUGCAUCGCAUCUAGAAUGCAUUACUCAUCAAGGCAGUUAAAUCUUCA